CGCGGCAGGAGAGGACCGAGGACACAGAGGAGGGGAAACCGAGCUGGAAACGAAGCAUCUGCAGCAAUCACACUCUUGACAUAAUGGAGCUCUAUCUGGACCUGUUCUCGCAGCCCUGCCGCUCCGUCUUCCUGUUUGCCAAAGUGAUCGGGAUUCCCUUUGAGUUCAAGCGCGUCGACCUCUCUACAGGUCAGCAGCACAGCGAGGAGUUUGGUGAAAUCAGCAUGAUCAGGAAAGUCCCUGUGAUGAAGGAUGGAAGCUUCAUUCUGACUGAAAGCACUGCAAUCCUGAAGUACAUGGUGCAGAAAUAUUCAACGUUAGUGGCAGAUCACUGGUUUCCAGCUGACCUGCAGCAGCGAGCUCGCGUUAAUGAAUACCUGUCCUGGCAGCACAUGAACCUCAGAGUUCACGGGUCAAAGGUCUUCCUGCUCAGGACUCUGUUUCCUGUCAUCAUGGGCUCUGAGGUCCCAAAGGAGAAGAUGGACGCUGCGAUCGAGGACCUGAAGCAGUCACUCGACCUGCUGGAGGAGAAAUUCCUGCAGAACAAACCGUUCAUCAUCGGAGACAAAAUCUCUCUGGCUGAUCUGGUGGCUAUAGUUGAGAUCAUGCAGCCUGUUGGAGCCGGUGUGGACGCGUUCGAAGGCCGGCCGAAGCUCCUCACCUGGAGAGCGCGAGUCACGAAGGAGUUUGGCGAGAAGCUGUUUGACGAAGCUCACAAGUCGAUCAUGAACGUGAGCAGCCUGCCACAGAUGAUGCAGAACAACACAGAGCUGGAGAUGCUCAAACCAAAGUUUCAGAAGCUUUUCAACUGAGGACGUUUGUGCACAAACAGAGAUAACACGACUGUCACUGACGUCAUUCUGUGGUUGUAUGGUGACUUUUAUCCUCUUCACGUUUGUUAUAAAAUCAUUUAACCAGCUUCCAGGUAUUAAAAGCUGUUAAAGCUGCAGUUGUGAACUCGCAUUGUGAAUAAAUUCUUUAAUUUGUUUUUGCUAAUUUGGAUAAAGACUCAGCUGACAGUCGUGCUGUUAAAUCUCUUCCUGUAGAAACCAUAAGAGACAUAUCAUGUGUAUUCGUUUUUUCCUGGUGACCUUUUUAUGAAUGACUGCACAUUCAUGAUCCUAUAUCACAAAUAUUAAAAUGAUACAUCAACAUUA